CUUUCCUUUUUCUCUCCUUUCUUGGCCAUGUGGUUCCUGUCUACCGAGCCUCCCCACCACCUCAGACCUCUGAGUUUACCCACUUCCCUCCUCCUUACUCCUCACGUCAGAACUUGGCAGAGAUUGCCUUGUUGGAAAGCCAAUACGUCUCCUCAACUGGGCCAAACACCAAAUUAGAGCCCCUACACUCUGUAUCAUCUUAAAUGACCCUUACAUCAGCACUGGUCCCUCUCUCUUUCUAUCGACUGGACAGUGAGCAGACAUGUCUCAUCGUAAAUUCCACGCACCCCGCCAUGGACACAUGGGGUUCCUGCCCCACAAGCGUUCCAAGAAGCAUAGGGGCAAGGUGCGCACGUGGCCUAAAGACGACCCCAGCCAUCCUGUCCACCUUACUGCCUUCCUGGGAUACAAGGCUGGCAUGACCCACACACUGAGGGACAUGCACCGCACUGGCCUCAAGCAAGCAAAGCGAGAGGAAGUAGAGGCGGUUACCAUCAUUGACACCCCUCCAGUCAUUGUGGUGGGGGUAGUGGGAUACAUUGAGACUGUCCGUGGCUUGCGUUCCUUCAAAACCAUCUUUGCUGAGCACCUCAGUGACGAUUGCAAGCGCAGAUUUUAUAAAAACUGGUACAAGAGCAAGAAGAAGGCCUUCACCAAGUACAGUAAGAAGUGGCAGGAUGAGACAGGAAAGAAACAACUGGACAAGGAUUUUGCUCAGAUGAAGAAAUACUGUUCAGUAAUCAGGGUUAUUGUUCACUCUCAGGUGCGGUUGCUGCCCAUACCGCAGAAAAAGGCCCACAUCGCAGAGGUGCAGCUAAACGGGGGAAGCAUCUCAGACAAGGUGGACUGGGCUAAGGAGCGCCUGGAGCAAGCUGUGCCUAUCUCUGCCGUCUUCUACCAGGAUGAGAUGAUUGACAUCAUUGGAGUCACCAAGGGUCGUGGCUUCAAAGGUGUUACUAGCCGUUGGCACACAAAGAAGCUUCCCAGGAAGACUCACAAAGGUCUUCGGAAGGUGGCCUGCAUUGGAGCCUGGCAUCCGGCCCGUGUGGCGUACACUGAAGCUCGUGCUGGUCAAAAGGGCUAUCAUCACCGCACUGAGCUCAACAAGAAGAUCUACCGCAUUGGUAGGGCUGUGCACGUCCAGGAUGGAAAGGUGAUCUGCAACAACGCCUCCACUAGCUACGACACCAGCCAGAAGUCCAUCACGCCCAUGGGAGGCUUCCCCCACUAUGGUGACGUGAAUAAUGACUUUGUCAUGGUGAAGGGCUGCGUGGUCGGUCCAAAGAAACGUGUCCUUACCCUCAGAAAAUCUUUGCUCGUGCACACAUCUCGCAAGUCCAAGGAGACCAUCGAGCUCAAGUUCAUUGACACCACUUCCAAAUUUGGUCAUGGCCGCUUCCAAACUGCCCAGGAGAAGAGGGCAUUUAUGGGGCCAUUGAAGAAGGAUGCUCUGAAAACACUGCCAAAGCCUCUGACUGAGGAGGCCUGAAAAGGAUUCUCAUAUCUCAAUUCCCCUACAAUGGGUUUCAAAUACACUGUAUUUUAUGCCAUGUGUAAAUUGUCACUUGUGAUACAUAAAUGCAGUUUGAUUCCACAGU